UUUGAGAUUUCCUUUCUAUGUACAUUGUAACUCCGUGACGAAGCAUGCGGCGUGAGGGAAGCAUCUUUUCAAAGCGUCGUAUUCGUUCACUGUUGUGUGUCGCUUUAGAGCAACGUGAUCAGUGGUUUGUAGACGUGAUGACGUCAGACUUCGAGGCACAAGCCGAGAGCGCGUUUAAAGCCGAGUAGGGCGUGAAAGUGUGUGUCGUGCCGCUCGUUUUCCUCCUAGUUCUUUUAAUCUAUUCCAUCCACGAAUAUGUGCAAAUAGCAGCGUGUGCCUCCGUAAAGUUACGGGACAAUUAUGUUCGGUGCUGUUUUAAUGUGAUUGAUAGUGAAAAGGAUACCAUGUUCCGCUGCAUUCCGAUUUUUAAAGGGUGUAACAGGCAGGUGGAAUACGUUGACAAGCGUCAUUGCUCUCUGGUGAGCGUCCCCGAUGAUAUUUUACGAUAUUCGAGAAGCUUGGAGGAACUUCUGUUGGACGCGAAUCACAUCAGUGAUCUACCGAAGAAUUUCUUCCGGUUACAAAGGCUACGAAAACUCGGCUUGAGUGACAAUGACAUUCAUCGCUUGCCACCAGAUAUUCAGAACUUCGAAAACCUCGUGGAGUUGGAUGUAUCCAGGAAUGAUAUACCAGACAUUCCUGAGAACAUCAAGAAUUUACGGGCACUUCAGGUGGCGGACUUUAGUAGUAAUCCAAUUCCAAGGCUCCCAGCAGGUUUUGUGCAGCUAAGGAACUUGACUGUUCUCGGACUGAACGAUAUGUCCCUCACGAAUCUACCACCUGAUUUCGGAAGUUUAGAGGCAUUGCAGUCGUUGGAGUUGAGAGAAAAUUUGCUCAAAACCUUGCCGGAAUCGCUGUCGAAACUUUAUAAAUUAGAGCGGUUGGAUCUCGGUGACAAUGACAUCGAUGUUCUGCCAGCACACAUAGGGAAAUUACCAGCAUUGCAGGAAUUGUGGUUGGAUCAUAAUCAGCUGCAACAUUUACCACCUGAACUUGGGCAACUGAAAACGUUGGCGUGUUUAGAUGUCUCGGAGAAUCGUUUAGAAGAUCUUCCGGAAGAGAUCGGAGGUUUAGAAUCCUUAACGGACUUACACUUAUCGCAGAAUGUUAUCGAAAAAUUGCCUGAUGGACUUGGAGAACUUAAAAAACUGACCAUUCUUAAAGUUGAUCAGAAUAGGCUUUCUACAUUAAAUCCAAAUAUAGGCAGUUGUGAAAAUCUUCAGGAAUUAAUUCUCACGGAAAAUUUUCUCUUCGAACUGCCUUCGACUAUAGGAAAACUUCUUAAUUUAAAUAAUUUAAACGUAGACAGAAAUAGUUUACAAUCGCUUCCUACAGAGAUUGGGAAUUUAAAACAGUUGGGUGUACUAUCUCUAAGAGAUAACAAAUUGCAAUAUCUUCCAGUUGAAGUUGGGCAAUGUACUGCCCUCCAUGUGUUAGAUGUAUCUGGCAACAGAUUACAGUACUUGCCAUAUUCCUUGAUCAAUUUGAACUUAAAGGCAGUAUGGUUAAGUGAAAAUCAAGCACAACCAAUGCUUAUUUUCCAAACAGAUAUCGACGAAGAAACUGGACAAGAAGUAUUAACAUGUUUCCUCCUGCCACAAUUAGAAAUCCAUCCUGAUGAUUCGGGAAGACUUGGUAUGCUAGUUGGUAUGAGAAAUGCUGUCCAAGGUGAAGUACGUGAAGCAGGUAGCAGUGAGGAUGAAGAAUGGCAAGAAAAAGAAGCAUCACGAACGCACUCUGUUAAAUUUACAGACGAACCUCCAGAAACUGAUAAGGAGACACCAUUUGUACGACAAAAUACUCCUCAUCCUAAAGAGUUGAAAGCGAAAGCUCAUAAAUUAUUCAGUAAAGGAAAGAAUGACAGCCGAUCAGCGUCUACGGAAGAACAGGAUGUUUCUCAAACAUUUGGUUUAGAUAAAACUGAGACUGAUAUCGUAACAAAAUCUAGUGAUACAGUAGAAGAUUCUACAGAAUUAGAACCAGAGAAACCUGAGUCUGUAGAAAAUGAACAAACACAAAUUGUACCUGGAACAUUGACUAAUAAUACAGAUCUCCAGUCUAGUAAUGAACCAGAAGUAGUUUGUAAUCAAUACGUUGCAGAACCUAGUGCUGAGGUCAGAACUGAUGGUUCAGUUACUGAAUCAAAGGAAAAGAGUGAAAAGGAGGAUGAUGAAUCGGAAAGCGAGGAAACUCAAAGACACGUAGAAUUUUCUAUAACAGAGGGUACUGAUUAUGAGGGUGGUGGCGAUUCAAAUAGACCAAAUAGGCUUCAUCGUAGAGACACUCCACAUCAUUUGAAAAAUAAACGUAUCCAUACAGCAGUGGACAAAGAAAAAGUUGCUUCCAUUAUUGCCCAAGCACUUAUGAAAAAAACUGAUGACACUCCCGCACCCACGUCAGCGCCCACAGAACCCACGGAAAAUUUUGACACCCAAAGUCAAGGCGCCACAUCCGACGCUGAACCAACAAUAGAAGUACGAGAAGAACAAUAUGAAAUUCAUAUCGAAAGAACGACAGGCGGACUUGGUUUGUCGAUCGCUGGUGGAAUCGGUUCAACCCCUUUUAAGGGGGACGAUGAAGGCAUUUUUAUUUCUAGAGUUACUGAAGGCGGACCUGCAGAUUUGGCUGGUUUAAAAGUGGAAGAUAAAGUACUGUCCGUGAACGGUGUUUCGGUAGUAAAUGUAGGUCAUUACGAUGCCGUAGAAGUUUUGAAAGCAUGUGGGCGUGUUCUUGUGUUAGUAGUUCAAAGAGAAGUUACGAGGAUAGUACCGCCGUAUGAACAGGGAUCAUCUAGAAAAGAUUCGGCAUGCUCCAGUCUCAGUACCAGUAGAGCACCGAGUGCAACGUCUCAUGUUUCAUCCACGGGUUUACCGCAUAAUUUAGAAAACGGAGAUGCUUUACCUCAGGACACUAUUAAGCCCAAGAAAAUUCCAGAACCUAUAUCCUCGACAAAGGCAGGGAGUGAACCAAUGGUAUCUGUUCUUGUUCAUACAACAUUAAUACGGGACCAAAAUGGGCUUGGAUUUAGUAUCGCUGGUGGAGAAGGCUCUCCUCCAUUUAAAGACAAUAGUGAUGCGAUAUACAUUUCAAGGAUAACUGAUGGUGGUGUGGCACAGAAAGAUGGUAAAUUAUUAGUUGGGGACAAAGUAAUAUCUAUUAAUGGUGUAGAAAUGAGAGGUGCUAAGCACGAACAAGCAGUUGCCUUGUUAACAGGCUUGGAAAGAUUCGUUCGAUUGGUAGUCGAACGUGAUAUUCCACUUUCCCAAGCAAACGCAGCCACGGUUGUAACACCUUCAGAAAAGUCACCGCGUGUUAUUGGUGCACCUAAACCAUACACAGGGCUAUAUAAUGCCAAUAGUUACAUUGCAAAUAGGCCAGGAUAUACUAGCUAUCGACGCUCCGUCGAUGCUGAUAGAACUUUAUCCCCGAGUCCUACUUCAAAAACACCUCCGCCCAUGAAAAUUGAAACCACUGAGAUGACUAAAAUGAACGGCGUUACAGAAACAGGAAGUGUUAAAAAUGUCUCAUCGAUAUCGCCAAGUCCGACAAAUAGUCAACCUCAUCCACAACCUGCUCCGAGGCAUAGUAUUUCGCAGCCGACGAUUACACCCACGACAACUGCAAGCUCGACGCCUACCUCUUCUACAGAGCCUAGGUCGACCUCACCCCAGGAAGAUAUACAGGUACCGAAGCCUAUCACCAACGAGGAAUUUCAGGCUAUGAUCCCUGCUCAUUUCCUCCGUCCUACCUCCUCACCAUCGCCAGACCCCCAUCAAGGCCCUAUCGUGACAGUGACAAUAAAACAGCCUGAUAAUCUACCUGGGGAUGUUAAUUUUCCUCCGGCCCCUACUACUCUUGGUAAAGUUACUGAGACCAUCACAAAGAGCACUCUCACCGAGACCGUCGUAACUAGGGUGACCGAAAAUCAAUUGGUACCACCAGUAAUCAUUGAGGAUGUAGUUCUUGUGAAAGAAGGAUCAUUAGGAUUCAGUAUUAUUGGUGGUACAGAUCAUUCUUGUACACCAUUUGGUGCAAAAGAACCAGGAAUUUUCAUAUCACAUGUUGUGCCUGGUGGUAUAGCUGCAAAGUCUGGUAAAUUAAGGAUGGGUGACAGAAUACUGAAGGUAAAUGGUACUGAUGUAACGAAAGCUACUCAUCAAGAAGCUGUAAUGGAACUUUUACGACCAGGAGAUCAAAUUGUGCUUACUGUUCAACAUGAUCCAUUACCAGAAAAUUAUCAGCUGGUCGAAAUAGAGUACAUCCCUGUGACAGAAUUGGUUAUAACGAAAGAACCAGGUGAAAAAUUGGGAAUGCACAUAAAGGGUGGACUUCGAGGACAAAAGGGUAAUCCCCUUGAUCAUACGGACGAAGGAGUUUUUAUAUCUAAAAUAAAUUCUGGCGGUGCGGCUAAAAGAGACGGAAGACUGAAGGUUGGAAUGAGACUCUUGGAAGUCAAUGGCACAUCAUUACUAGGUGCAACUCACCAAGAAGCAGUAAAUAUACUGAGGUGUUCAGGAAACACAAUUACCUUAGUAGUUUGUAAAGGUUAUGAUAAAAACGAGGUUGAACCAAUAUUCCCCGUAUCCGACGGAAGGGAUUCUAAAGAAUCUAGAACAUCUAAGGAAUUCAAAGAUCCUGCAGCCGAUGGUACUAAAUCUUUAUCGCAAAGUGUAUCCAGUUUAGAUCGUGACGACGAAGAAGCAGCAACGCUCAGACAAGAGCAGGAAAUGAAAGCCGAGCUUGUAGCAUGGGAACAAGAAGAAAGGGAGCGUGCUUUGUUAGAACACAGAGAAAAGUCUACUCCUGAAAAAGUAUUAGAUGUAGUAAGAGCAGCCGAAUCAUUAGUAAGCAAGUCGAAUAGUCCCGUCGACAUGGUUCCACCAAAAUCACCAGGUGGCACUAAAGAUCUCAAAACGACUACCAUUGUAAUGAGCAAACACACUUUAGCACCUCAGAAUACAAAUUCACUAAGGAAAGAGAGAGCUGUUACACCAGUGGACAAUCCGUCGCUUCAGUCUCCGGUCUCUACUCUUACUCCAUCAAAGAAUUUCGAUCGUAAUACUACUGUUCAAACCUUGCCCUCUCCGAGGAAAAAAAGUUCUGCACCAAAGCGUAGCAUUACGUUCGCCGAUCUUCCUCCCAUUUCCAAAGAAGAAUCAACUAAUUAUCCCUAUUCGCCUAAAAUUAAAGAAGAACGGCCAUCAUCCUUGCAUGACAAAUUUACUUCAGAUCCACACAUUUUUUCUUAUAAGAAAGUUUAUCAAAGUCCUACCCAGACUGUUCAUUCUCGUUUCAAACUUCCUCCAACGCCUUUAACUUCUCCUAAGUCCAUAGAAGAUCUUGGCACUUCGGCUUCUUUUAGCAAACGACAGAACGCACGCUCUGUUGAUGGGAAUAUUCAGGUUGAGUCUUCGCCAACACCAUCACCACCUCCACCUGUAGUAAAGAUGUCUGUUAGCGACAAAAAGAAGUUAUUUGAAAGUGCCAUGGAAGAGCAUCUGAAACCUUCACCUAAACCAGAAAAAGUAUUCAGUUUUCUAAGUCAGGAUGAAGUGGAAAAAAUGAAGCAAGAAGAAGAAAAAAAGAUUGCCACAUUAACGCGAGAUGAAUUAAAAUCAUGGGCUCAACUCGAUGAAAAUGAAGGUUUAGAAGAUUUGGAGGAAACGCUAGAAGAUCAGGAUAACCGGCGACCUAAUAGCCGACUGAGCUCGCGAAGUUCGAUCCCCCUUCUGCAGAACCUUCCAAGCAGUGUAAGGACAGCAAAAGCAGAACGUCGCUUGAAGGAGAGACUGGUACAGGAGGGUAUAAUUUCGGACGAAGACGAAGAAAGCCAUUUAAGUCCUGCCGAACAGAGAGCUUUAAGAGCAGAGAAACGUGCAGCUUGGAGACAAGCGCGUUUGAAGUCUCUUGAACAGGAUGCUCUUCAAGCGCAGAUAGUAAUAAAAAAAAUGAGCGAAAUGAUGGAUACUGCGAAUAAAACAGACGCACCGCAAGAUUCUACAGAUUCCGUCACUCCUGUUCCUGAACCAGAAAAGACGGCUGAUUUUACUACGUUACGGCCGUCUAGUGCAGAUUUUCCCAAACUUGCUGUACGCAGCAAAGUGGGUCCCCCUAAAGAGAUCCGCGAAUCCGAAAAAGUAGUGGACGAGAAGGUCACUCGGCGUACCGAGGAAUAUGUGGAUGAGGUGACGGGUGAACGUCGUGUACGAACAGUUGAAUACGUCGAGAAGCUCAUUGAGCGGCAGGUUGAAACUCUGCGAGAAAAGAUUAUAUCACUGGAAUUAAGUAAUGCUGAAGACGAUGUAGAAAGUAUUACUGGCACUGGAGCAAGCGACGCUGAGAGCGAAAGUGAAGAAGUUACAGGACAGUCUUCGGCUGUGAGUACACCGCAAGAAAAAACUGAAACGAUUAUACCUACAAAUAUCACUGAAGGUGCCGCUCCUAAAAUAAGUGCAAAUACUGUUCUUGUUCCGAAGAAGAAGAAACGGAAACGUUCGAAAAAAGGUCGUCAUUGACCUAAAAAAUGAAUUCUGGUGCAAAAUGAAAGAGAAACAAAAGUGCAAGGAAAUUGGUGAAACACUUCCUUGUAAAUGACAUUGUGAAAGUGUGUUCCAAUAAUGCAAACAUUGCAUUACAUUGAUCUUUGCAUAUUUUAAAUUACAAAUCUCGACUGUAUUGGUGCAUGCAGUACUACAAAUCAUUCAUUAUGCAUUACUGCUUAAAAGCAUACACAUGUAUGUAUAAGAUAUCAUUUCAUGUCCAUAAUUUAAUGUAAAUUAUUUAGGUGCAUUCGAAACUACGUUUAUCUUUCAUGUACGUCGUGCUAUGUUUUUAGUAUCAGAUAUGCAGUUUUUUAAAAUAAUACAUUUUU